GAUUUUCAUGGUAAAAAAGUGUGCAGUUUAGAAUAAGAUCUUAGUCAACAGAGACCUUUAACGCAAUGAUAAAUAGUUUGCUUAUAAAAAUAAUUUUUUAUAUUCAACUAUCUUCGUUAUUACUAAGUCUUGGCCUAUUGGGAGGUAGAAGUGAAGCCGUAGUAGAUGUACAUAAACGAAUUAAUAACUUUGUGAAUAUUUUUCCUGGUUUAUCGAAAAUAUUUAAUAUUAAUAAUGAAGAUAAUGAUGGCUCAUCUGCAAAAAGUACUUUUUCUCAUAGCUUAGGUCCGAUUUCUGUAAACUUAAAUAUGUACGAUCCACAACAAUAUCAAAAUGGAAAUGUUGAAGUAUACUAUCAUUAUGUUCCACCACCACCAGCUACAAAUUUUAUACAACCAAAUACAUAUGGUCAAUAUUAUGGACCAGUGCCACCUUUGGGUUAUUAUCCGCCACCACAAUUUCCACAGCAAUAUCCUGCCCAACAUCCUCAACCUAAUUUGCUACCAAUGCCACCUUUGGCUCCAUUUAAAAAUGCCAAUUUAAUUCAACCUGACCAACCAUUAGACAAAGGAAAAUUAAAAGGAAUUAUAACUCCAGAUUCGCCAUUUUAUGUAAAAAUACCGGAAGAGCCAACCAUGUAUGGUAUCGAACCAAGACGUUAAAUCUUACAUAUGCAUGUAUGUUUUUUUUUUAAUUUGAAUUAUUUUCCUUAAAUAAAUGAACAUAUUUAUGUAUGUAUGUAUGUACAUAUUCUGCAAGUUGUAA